AAUCUACUCAUUGAAUAAAGAAAAUCACGGAGGAUUGCAGUUUGUGGAAACCGACUUAUUCUUAUUUAUCAUACGCCAGGAAGCAUAGUAUUAUUUGACCGACAAUGCGGCAAAUCGUGUAUUUGAUAUUGUAUUUAAGCUCGUCAGUAACCAGAGAGGUAGACUACUGUUUCGAGAAUGAAGCCGAUCCGUAUUUGUAUUUUGGAGCCAAAACCCCGUAUAGAAUCGCGAUGAAUGGAGAGACCGGACCGCGCUCAAUACAAACAAUAGUGGGAGAUUGCAAACCAGUCCAAAUAUGGAUGUUAGCGCGACACGGAACUCGGUACCCCCAAAAGAAAGCUAUAGAAAGGCUGGAGGAAUUACCAGGAAUACGUGAUCGCAUUAUUCGUAAUCAUGAACAACACGGAACGGGACAUUUAUGCGAUGCUGAUCUGAAUAGGCUGAAGGAAUGGUCUCCGUAUAGUCGGAUGACGUCGCAAUACGCUAGCCAACUCGCGCCCGAAGGAUGGAGAGAAGGUCAAGAACUUGGAAAACGUUUGAAAGAUACAUACGCACAUCUUCUACAAUUACCAGCAGAAAAUAUAAAUUCAGUUAAUUAUAAAUUUCGAUCUAUAAAAGGAGGACGGAGUGAAUCCAGCAUGCUUGCACUUAUGAAUGGCUUAUUUGACAAUGAUAGUGCUGUAGAACCUGUUCCGACUCCAAAAUCCGAUGCUUUGUUACGGGGCGAUCAAAAUUGUAAGCGAUGGUCGCAGGAGAAAAAAGGAGCAAAUGUAGAACGCGAUAAUUUCAUCGCAGGACCUGAAUACGCCGAAAUGCAACAGAACGUUAGUCGGCGGAUUGGCUUCGAUGUAUCGCCAGCCACAAUUCACAACAUACAAGACAUGUGUCGAUUCGAAAGCGCAUGGAAUCGAAACGAGUUAUCACCAUGGUGUGCAGUAUUCAGUAAAGAGGAAUGGAGGAUUCUGGAAUAUAUAGAUGAUCUUCAGUACUACUACGCCUCUGGCUAUGGUCUGGAAAUCAAUAGAUUGAUCGGAUGUUUCCCCAUGGAAAAUCUUUUCGAUCACUUCGGGGCGAUUGAGAAUGGCGAUUUUCAGGGACAACCGAAGGGCAUUUUCUACUUCAGUACGUCCAGAAUUUUAAUGGAUUUUCUCCAUACAAUGGGCAUUGCAAAAGACACGGAAAGUCUCAAGGCGACUAAUUUCAAACGUAUGGCUGAUCGAAAAUGGAGAGUCUCUUUUAUUUCACCGUUUUUCUCUAAUUUUGUAGCUGUCUUUCACAGAUGUAAUCAUUCAGACAUCCCUAACAAGGUGACUCUAUACCUCAAUGAAAAACUCAUCGUAUAUGAUGGCUGUCCGCAAGGGAUUUGUAAUUGGGAAUAUUUAAAGAAGAAAUGGCAGGGACUCACCGCUCGAUGCACUGAAAAUUGUCUCAAGCAGAAGGAUGCAAUACUAUCUAAAGAGCCCCUAUGGAUGGAACCAACCGUCAAUGCAUAUUUAUUAAUGAUUCUAUUGCCUAUAUUAGUAUUUAUUACUCAUCGACGGGUGGUGGAUUCUCUGCGGAAAGUUGCCCGAUUAAUUUCGCUGAAAUUUCGUGGCGAAAGAAAUUUUCUUAAAAGUGAAGUUCUACUGCCACCAAUCAUGAAGAAAAUUAUUCUACUAUGCCUGAGCACCUACACAUUAGCACGUGAAGUGGAUUAUUGUUUUGUUAAUGAAACCAACCCUUACCUCAAUUUCGGUGUUAAAACACCGUAUCGGUUUGCAAGCACUGGAAUAUUUGAACGGGUGGUAAUACCAAAUUGCAAGCCCAUUCGUCUUUGGAUGUUGGCUAGACAUGGAACACGUUAUCCGCAGGAGGCGGCAGUCGACAGACUGCAAGAGCUCCAUACCAUACGCUGGAAAAUUAUGCACUACCACGAGAAAGGCUUGGGUCGUUUAUGUGACGAAGACGUGAAUAACAUUAGAGAAUGGCGACCCCAUCCGCAUUUUACUGAACAAGAGGCAAGCAAGAUUACCGAGGAGGGAUGGAGGGAGGGUGAGGAGCUCGGAAGAAGACUCAAGGAUGCCUAUCCAGAGCUUUUUUCGCCAUCUAUUCAAGAUAUCAACUCUGAUAAUUAUAGAUUCAGAUCUGUGAAGGCGUCACGUAGUAUCUUGAGUUUGCGGGCUCUGAUGAAAGGUCUCUUUGGUGAUCCAUCUGCUGUUCAAUUCAUGCCGAAUGAGAAAAAGGAUUCUCUCUUACGACCUGACAUGAAUUGCUAUCGAUGGUCUCACACCGAUAGGCAAACAGUGGUGCCACGUGAUGAAUUCAUUGGUGGCCCUGAAUACGCAGAAUUACAGCAGAAUGUGAGUCGGCGAAUUGGCUUCGAUGUAUCUCCAGCAACCAUUCACAAUAUUCAAGAUAUGUGCCGUUUCGAGACAGCAUGGACCCGCGACCAAUUAUCGCCCUGGUGUGCAGUAUUCAAUAAAGAAGAGUGGAAAAUAAUUGAGUACAUUGAUGAUAUUCAGUAUUAUUACUACUCAGGCUACGGAGUUGCGUUGAAUAGUCUCAUUGGUUGCUUCCCAGCGGAGGACCUCAUCAAGAAUUUUCGGGAGUCUGAGAAGCCUGAAACAGCAAAGAACCCAAAAGGUAUCUUUUACAUGAGCACCUCAAGAGUUUUGAUGGAUUUUCUUCACACGAUGGGCAUCGCCAAAGACUCGGAGCAUUUAUUACCAAAUAAUUAUAGACGUAUGAACAACAGAAAGUGGAGAACAUCCUUAAUUGCACCUUUCUUCGCUAAUUUCAUUGCUACUUUUUACAGAUGUAAUGAAUCUGUCUCCCCCAACAAGGUUACAUUCCAUUUGAACGAAAAACUGAUAAUGUAUGAAAACUGUGAACGUGGCAUUUGUGAUUGGAUUUAUAUCAAGGAAAAACUAAAAGGAAGAGCCUCCAAUUGCGCUGAAAAUUGUGACUGGAGCACAACACCAGAGCCAAAAGACGAGCGAAGGAUCUUUCUCCUUAUAAUUGCGCUCUGCAUUGUAGUGAUUAUCUUUCAUCGUGGCAUCGCACGCACAUUGCACAGGCUGCUACGAUGUCACCACUAGUACAGUGAUUAGUUCACCCUCUUUAUUAAUCAAUAUUAUUUUAUUUCAAUCUGUGACUGCCAAGGACAUUGUUUCCAAUCAGUAUUUUUACUAUUUAAAUAAUAGCGAUAAGUUGCUUAUGUAUAAUGGAAAUACAAAGCAAAAACUAAUUUUUUUCAUUUUCACAUCAAAGUUGAGAUGAAAAUUCAUGAGUAGAUAAAGUAAGGCCCCAUCAAUUUCAAAAUAUUAGUGCUGUAGUGCGUUCUCCCUUCAAAUUCAAACCCUCUCACGUCACAGUCCCACGUGAUUAGAGCGCGCGCGCGCGUGCUUCCCUCGUUCAAACAUGCUAUAAAUAUAUUUCGCUGGUCAUAGCAAACUCCAUUAUUAUCGAAAUAAUAUUUAACCGAAACAACGCCUAAUUCAGUCAUUUCUGUCUGCCGUUCACCCUGGCGCGCAAAGGUCAUCAGACAGCACAGUGACAGUGAAUCCAACGACUUGACAAACCGUCCAAAUUCAUUGCAAACAUAGCAAAACAACCACUAAAAAACAGGAGCUAAAAAUCGAUGAUUGGUUUGCCCUGUGGAGUUGAUAACAAAAUGAGGUGACGAUUCUGGUGGAAAAAAACCAGAUAAGAACCCACUUCAUUCGAUGUUAUCGCUGUUUUGUGUGAUGGUGGAUUAAGAAUGGCAGUACAUUAAGCUAUUCACUGGCAUUUUCAUCGUGGCGAGACCUUCGGAUAUCAAUCGGAGUGCGUGUUCGAUGGAUCAUUGUUGUGUACCUUUGAACAAUCAUCGGAGAGGACGUGAUCACGUUGAGGAACUCAGUAGAACGACUUCGUGAGACCGACAACAGUAAAUGACAAUUGAGCCUCGUGCGAAUAGCUAAAACGAUUUGCUGUCCUUUGGAUCGCUGCAGUGGUCUGUGGAAUUGCCUUUACUUUACUUUUGUUGGGAAU